AUGUGGGCCUUCUUGGUGCUCACGCUCACGCUCUGUGCCAGGGCGUCGGAAAAUGUCAACGACACAGCGGCUGAACAGAAGCCAGUUAUAGCCAGGGGAAAACUGAUGGCUCCCAGUGUGGCUGGAUGAGGCAUAAAGAAAAUGCCCGAGCUCCAACAUUUUCUCAUGGAGCGAUGGGCAUUAUACCACAACUUGGAAUAUGAUUCAUCGGAGGAGAAGAAACCCCGUCUGAUACUCUAUAAUGAAAAGGAUGAGGUCGUUCAGACCAUCCCUGUGAAGAAAAUGACAGCAGACGGGAUCAGUAGCCUGCUGGACUCACUGGGUUUCUACAAGAGGUCCCAGAAAGGGGAGGAGGUGCCCGAGGAGUUCCAGCAUUAUCCCCUGCGUGCCCCCAGGGACGAGCUGUGAGGACACCUGGUGGACACACUCCGCCACUGCACCCCGGUCACAUUAAUGACGAGUGGGGCCCCAAGGCCAGAGCCAUGAGCCCGGCCCCAGUCUGAGGACUUGCUGGCUGGCUGCAGUGUGCAGAGUUUCAACCACUACUGUGUCUCUCUGGUGAAAAGUGGAAUUGAAGAUGCAGAGCU